AUGAAGCCCAGCUGCUGGGGAGGUUGCUGCAAGGUCUGCAGGAGAGUAGCCUCUCCGUGCACGACGUCGUGGGCGUCAUGGAGCUCGACCUGCGGCGGCCAGGCUACGGCGACUCCCUGGCGCAGACCGUGGCGGCCGAAGGCUCCGGUCCCGAGCCGGCUGCCACGGCGCCGGCGCCGGCGCCUGCGGCGCCUGCGGCCAGCGCUGAGGGCGAUGCGGACUGCGCGCGGUGCCGGGUGCUGGAAAGGCAAAUGA